AUGGCUUCUCUAAGUCCAACUCUGCCAUUAUGGCGGAGUGUUGCACCUCGCUUGUCAAAGGAACUGUUCACUUGCAGACAAUGCCUUCGGAAGCAAGGCUUCGCUGGCCCAACCGUGCGCCGGUUCGCGGCCAUGCCCUCUCCGAAGCCCCAAAUGAUCCGAAGCUCGAUCUUUGCCGACAAGAACAGGCAAUUUUUCACCUCGAGCUUGCGCCGCUCGGUCGCUGCCCCCACGCUCGAAGCUGCUGCGGGAGAAACUGCAGCAAAGACCAAGUCAAGUUUCCCCAAGAUCAGCGACAAGACCGUGGCUUACUGGCUAUUGGGCAGUGCUGCCAGUGUCUUUGGUAUCGUCGUCUUUGGAGGUCUUACUCGACUGACGGAAUCUGGUUUGAGUAUCACCGAAUGGCGCCCUGUUACUGGUUCUCUCCCACCCAUGAAUGCCGAUGACUGGGAGUCGGAGUUCGCCAAAUAUCGUGCCUCUCCGGAAUUCCAGCUGCUGAACCCCAACAUGACAUUGUCCGAAUUCAAGUCCAUCUACUACAUGGAAUGGAUCCAUCGCCUUUGGGGCCGAUUCGUCGGUCUUUCGUUCGUCUUGCCUGCUGUCUACUUUGUCGCUCGGAAGAAGGUCUCCGCCCCCAUGGCCCUGCGUCUGGGUGGCAUUGCUGGUUUGAUUGGUUUCCAAGGCUUCAUCGGUUGGUGGAUGGUCAAGUCGGGUCUGAAGGAUGACCUCUUCGCUCCUGGAAGUCACCCUCGAGUCAGCCAGUACCGCCUGACAGCCCACCUGGCUACGGCAUUCACCUGCUACGUUGCUAUGCUCUGGAAUGGCCUGGCUAUUCUGCGGUCUCACCGUUUGAUGAAGGAUCCGUCUGAGGGACUGAACCAGCUGAACGCUCUUCGUGAUCCUCGUCUAGCCUUUUUCCGUCGUUCUGUCGCUGGUCUGGCGCUCCUUGUUUUCACCACUGUCAUGUCAGGCGGUCUUGUCGCUGGUCUCGACGCCGGAUUGAUUUACAACGAGUUCCCCUACAUGGGCAAGGGACUCGCGCCUCCUAGCACUGAACUGUGGGAUGCCCACUAUUCUCGCCGCGAAGAUCGAUCCGACUUGUGGUGGCGAAACAUGCUCGAGAACCCCUCCCUCGUCCAACUCGACCACCGCAUUCUUGCCAUGACCACUUUCACAUCCAUCGUCGCUCUCUUUGCCUAUUCCCGCCGAGCUUCUAUUAAGCGUCUUCUGCCCGCACCGGCUCGCAAGGGAAUGCACGGUGUUCUUGGCUUUGCCUGCAUGCAAGUCGCGCUUGGUAUCUCCACUCUGCUGUACCUGGUGCCCACACCACUCGCCUCUGCCCAUCAAGCUGGCAGCUUAUUCCUGCUGACUUGGGUCAUGAUUCUGGGUAGCCGUGUGUGGCACCCGUCACGCACAGCCAAGCUUCUGCAAAUGGCUGCCAAGGCACGAGGCCAACAGCUGUCAAGCUCCACUGCCUCAGCGAUGAAGCGGCUGUGA